GCGGUCAGCGGCGAUGUGGCCGCUGUUGCGAGGGUUGUCGUGGCGCUCCGCGCUGGCCCGCGCCGGUCGCGCCCCUCUCCAGGCCGGGCGCCGCGCGGACUCGUGCUAUCCCGGUAGCGCCGGCGAGCUGCGGGGCGAACCGGACAGAUUCGGGGGCGUCACGGUGCACCUGACGCAGCUCCACGCUCUGGGCCACCUGGACGCCGCCGCCUUCCAGAAGGCCUUACAGGCUGCCAUACAACAAUGGCAAUCAGAAGGUAGACUAGCAGUAUGGCUGCACAUUCCUAUCCUCCAGAGCCGAUUUAUUGCCCCUGCUGCCACCCUGGGCUUCCGCUUCCACCAUGCAGAAUCAGAUUCAUCAACUCUGACCCUGUGGCUGAGAGAAGGGCCCAGCAGAUUACCUGGCUAUGCUACACAUCAAGUUGGAGUCGCAGGAGCUGUAUUUGAUGAAAAUACUAGGAAAGUACUAGUCGUACAGGAUCGAAAUAAAUUAAAAAACACAUGGAAGUUUCCAGGAGGCCUCUCAGAGCCGGGAGAGGAUAUUGGGGACACAGCAAUCCGAGAAGUGUUUGAAGAGACAGGGAUAAAAUCAGAAUUCAGGUCCCUCCUGAGUAUUCGACAGCAGCACAGGAGUCCAGGAGCAUUUGGGAAAUCAGAUAUGUAUAUCAUCUGCCGCCUUAACCCAAACUCAUUCACCAUAGACUUUUGCCAUCAUGAAUGCCUGAGGUGCGAGUGGAUGGAUCUCAAUGCCCUUGCAAAGACUGAAAAUACCACUCUCAUCACCCGCAGAGUUGCGAGACUUCUGCUCUAUGGAUACAGAGAAGGGUUUGACAAGAUUGAUUUCACCAUGGAAGAACUGCCGGCAGUGUACACGGGCCUGUUUUAUAAACUCUAUCACAAACACCUGCCAGACAAUUACAAAACUAUGACAGGAAUAGAUUAAAUUCACAUUUACACGUUCUCAAUAUGUUUAACCCAGUCACCCAGAUUAAUGCCAAACAUAGGAGAUUUGGGAUGGAUUAAAGGCCUGAUGCUAAAUUUUCUUAAUGUAGUUGAUGUCUAUGAUAAGAAUUUGUAAACACACAUUUUAAAAUCCUCUUU